GCACUUGCAGUUAUACAACAGGUACGCUUGUCUUGAAACUUGCGCUGAUGUCGAAGCAGGAGACGUUCUUACCGAUUCUGAGCUGUUCCUUCCGAAACCGGUUAAAAUCUGUGCCAAGAACAUCGCAGAAAUCUCAUUUGCAAGAAGAUACAGAGGAAGACGUGAAAAAUUAAAAAGAGUAUUGUUUUAUUCACAUCUGGAGAAUGGCUGACUGACUGGAAAAUAGAUUAGUCCUUCGAUCAAAAGCACUGAAUAAAUGUUGAGCCGUAACCCAAUUUCGCAAGCUUGGACGCAGCAACAAGCAUUGCAUAGUUUCAAAUUACAAGAAGAUGCAAGCGACACAUUGCGUAAUUUUUAUCAUAAUCGCAACUCCAAGAAAAUAGCAUAUACGCAGUCAUUGCGUACAAAGCGAGCCUAUGCGAUGCUGGCGUCAAGCGAAUGGGCGCAAAUGACCGCCAAAAUGUUCCAACGAACUUAGUGAUGUGCAUUGGAAACGCUGGAACCGGUGUGGGCUGUCGCAUCAGAGGCCAUGCACGAAGAGGGGGGAAGAAGAUGCGGACAGGACACUCAAGAAACACGACAGUCGCCAUAACAAAUGAAUUUUGCUCAUCGAAGACUUGUGUAUUCUGUUUCCAACAAACAGAGCUAGCGAAACGAAGAUUACCUGAUGGAAAAACGAAGCAAGUCUCUGGUGUAGUCCGAUGCAUCAAUCCAAACUGUCCUGCCGGGCGCAGAGGUUACGCAACACGGAAUCGUAAUCAGCAAGCUGCUUUCGCCAUUGGUUUGGUAGGUGCGGUCAGACUGCUUUCACAAGAUAACGUCACUUUGCCGCAAUUCGAUCCACGGCCCCAAGGCAACGACUAUAUGUUAGUCAAAAUGAAUAACGAUACAAACACUAUUGAAGCUAUCCGAAGCGAUACGCCUAUGGUCUCACUCAGCUUGAGUGGAUUAACAGUGGGCCAAAACGUCCAAGACUAGUUAAACCAAUCAAUAUCCCAGUCUUCCAGUAAUAUGGAUUCACCAGCUUUGUGCGCCUGCCAGUAAAGAACCUCAACACGAACUAUAGCAUGUUGUUUAUCGUGUUAUCUAAGCUCAAUAGGAUGGUUGCAUAGAAUCCUUUUAAAUGUGUACUCAUUUACUCCAUAAGCGAUAUGAUUUUCAUACUGCAACUGCUUUGUACUUUUCCAUAAAUUACUUGGCCAACCAUCGCAACAGUUCCUUUCUCAAUGUUGCCGUGUCGACCAACUCAUUGCAUCUCCGACCCGACAUGGUGCUCGUUUCUCAC